AUGCCAACCAGAACAGGAGAUGAAUGGACGGAAUUUCCUUCAAAGUCCCGCUUCAUCUCGAAAAUCACCGAAGGUUUCUCCGUCCAGCAGUGGGUCGCGAAAGAAGUCCAAGUCCUUCGCAUUCCAGUCGACGGGUCUCCCCACGUCAUAAAGCUCAAAACCACCGAGAUCACAACAAGCAAGGACCGUGACGAAGAGACCAAAGGGGACGAGGAGUGGCUCAUGCACGUUCCUGACAUACAAGGCUACACGGACGCCGUAUUUGACUGGGACUCUCGCUCACUUGUCGCCUCGAAGUUGCGUGGUACUCUUGUUUCGGAAGAACACGAAGGGUGGUGGUUCAUGUACAAGUGCAACGAGCGCGGGGCUGGGUCCCUCUCGAAAAAGAACUUCGCUUUUGAAGGACAUAGGAAGACGCGGGCUUUUGGGGACAUUUUCAUCUUCAGGCUGGAUGAGGAGGUGAUGUGCGAUCAGUUGGGGUACGCGAGUUAUGGCGAACUUGCGUCACUUCCGGAGGGUAAACAUGCCCGUUUCAUGUUCGCGCCAAUGGCUGCGAAGUAA